AUGGCUGCAAGUUCAUUCAUCAUCCUCUUGCUCUGUGUCCCAAGUGCUUUGAGUUUAGAUCCUGACAUUGCUGCAUUGAGGAAAUUUUAUGAAAUUUGGGAAGCAGUGGAAGUGUGUUUGGAUCCUCUGAAGGAAGCUGCAAAAUUUGCCAGAGAGUCUGUGUUGAGUGACUCAGACAAUUCAAAAAGAGCAUCUGAUGAAAUGUUCAAGGAUUUCAAUCAGGAGUCAAAAGCAUUGGCUAAUUCUGUAGUCAAUGACCUGCUUCAGCAAAUCACUGCUGUCAAGGAAUAUACAACUGAAAUAUCACUACCAGAAGAACACUCAGCAAUAGAAACCAAUCAACUUCCCAAAGACCAAGACCCAAGCAAGGAAAAUACUGUUCAAAUCCCUCAAGACCAAGUGCCAAAACCCAAAGUGGACAUUGAACUCACACCAAUGUCCAAUAACCACAUUCCUACUCCAGCAGUUUCUUUUGAAGAAAGCACUGAGUCCUGGCAAACUGAUGUUGGCAAAAGCCAAGUGCCAAUAGGAGAAGAAAAUGGCAAAUCUGAAUCACCAGCAAUCCUGCCUGCAAGUCAUGUCAAGCCAAGUGACCUGGGCACUCAGAUUUCAUUCCCAGGGGCAAGUGCAGAAAUGAAUUCCGUUCUCAAGCCAAAAACCACUAAAGAAUACCUUGACAACAUUUUUCCUCUGGCCCCUGAAAACCCCUUGGACAAAGGACCCAUAUCACAGGGUGAGAGACCAAGAAGACAUGAGACUGCAGUGAAGACUGAAAUAUCACUUACUCCCUCUCUUGCUGGAUUUUCUGUGGACCUCAUGGACUUUUCCCAACAGGAUUUCUCUCAUGGUUCUCAGCCGUAUGAGGAGGAAAUCAGAGAGUGCCAUGGAACUGAAAACUCUGGAACCACUAGUGUCUUCAAAAACCAGGUUAUCACAACUUGCAUCAGCCAGCAAUCUUCAACAGCCAGCCUCAGAAGAGAACAACUCACCAAAGCUUGGAAAGAAAGCACAGAGAAAAGGAAAGCUGGGUUUUCAAAAGAUGGGGAAUGCAAGGAAAACAACACUCAGAUCAAGGAGGACAUGCACCUUUUCCAACACUUCUGUGAAGCUGCAUACAAAGAGAUUGAAGGGAAUCUGAAGUGCUGUUCAAUGAAUGAAAUCGCUCUACAAGCAACAGCAAGGACAGAUGAGCACCCAGAUGAGCAAAAAGAAGAUCAUAGUCUCUCUGCAAAAUCUGGUGGAGACCUGACAGAAAUGCCUGGAAUCUCAGCAGGUAGGCAAGAAGGCCAGCUGACUGGGUCACUGGACCAGGGUCACCUCUGGUGGCCACCAGUUCACCAGAGAGACAUUUUAGCAGAUUACCUGCCAACAGAGGGGAAAUUCCCAGUCAAAAUCAAGUCCACUGAAUCCAGCUGUCUUGAGUUGCUCAACUGCACUGUUGAUGAAAGCAGUCCUGGUUUCAACAGAGCUCAUCAUGGCAGCAUAUUUGCUGCUCACAGAAUCACCCCAACCUCCAACACUGGCCAAAACUUUGAUUCCUUUGUCACCAAGAGUCUUCAAGUCUUCAUAGAAGCCUUUGCAGUAGUUCCUGAUGUUGUUGUGCCUAAGGAGAGAAAAAUCAACAAGGAGUGA